AGGCGGCAUGUCUUCCUGUUGCUGAUCCAGUGAGCUGCGAACCUGAGUGUGUUGGAUGGCGCCUUCACGAGCCAUUCUCGGUUUCAACUAUCAGCCACGUCUCGACAACCCGCUGCUUCAGCUCUCUGGCGCUGCAGCUCAGCAGGAGUUGUCGGAAGCUGCAUCCGAACGGAUUCGAAGCUCAUCGCGCCAUAGGCGAACAUGGUCGAGUGAGUUGGACUUGCUUACAGAGUUGAUGGCGAACGAGACGACGGCCAACGAGUCCUCUCAAGACUCGUCCUUCCAAGCUGAAGAGCCAAGGAACCGACCGGCAGCUCGCCCGCCUCGCGCUCGUUUGUUGGAAGCCGUCUUCUACUGCCGGCAGUAUGUGCUGAUGAAGUGGCUCAUCGAGGCCCUCAGCAUCGGCUCCUUGUCGGAAUCGCUCUUCCUUGUUUUACUUUCGGUUGCUGCAAGUGUGAUGCUGAGCGUAUGGCCUGACGAGACUGGGUCCUCGUUGAGCUCAUGGUUCAACAGUGCGCUUGUUGUUAAGAUUUUUCGAUGCUUGUCUCAUGUUAACGAAGAGGGUCGUACCGUAAUGACAGUUUGUCUCUUUCUCUUCUCCAUCUGCUCAGUUGUUUUGAUGAACCAGAAGUUUUCGUUUGUGUUCAAUUACAUCGUGGUCUUCAUUGAGAUGGCUGUUCUUGUGCAAGCAGGCAAUUUU